UGCAUGUGAUUUGUAAAGUAGGUCAGCGGCGGCGAGCAUGCCCGGUAGCGUCUAGCAAGAUGGCGGAUACGGCGGAUGAAGACGAUGAAGAUAUCGGUGACAGUUGGGAGGACAUGGCCGACUCGGGGGAGUUGGAAAGAAGAAUGGAAGAAAGAAGCAAGCAGCAAUUAGAACAAGAGCAAAAAAAAAUUGAAGCUGCCACCAUAAAGACCACAGUUGUGAUACAAGAGGAUACAAAUAGAACUCUAUACAAGCCACAGCUUAGAAUUCUCAAGAGACCAGACUCAGGUAAUGAGUCACACCAGACAACACAGAACAAAUCAGAGAAACCAGUCCACAAGACUCUUGCAGAGAGGCAGGCGCAGUACGCAGAGGCAAGAGCACGCAUCCUUGGCUCUGCCUGUGAUGGAAGUGAGGAUAAUGAUGACAGCAGUGAAUCACUAGACCUCAAAGAAGCACUAGACGCACCCAGAGACCUCAAGCCGUAUGUGCUACAAGCCUCUUCAGAAGAGAAACCAGAUAAUUUGAUCAGGCAGCCAUUUGGCCCCGAUGGCAGUCUUGGUUUUCACAAGAAACGAUGACUAGGGAGCAGAUAUCCUUAGACUUAGAACACAGGCAAAAGCUAGUCAGUCCUCGGUGAUACUGUUUUUGUCUUUACAUGAUUUGGAUCAAAUCUGUUAUUGCUUCAAAUGAGUUCUCUGAAAUGAGUCUAGAUCUCAUGAAGGUUGUACCACAACAUCCAGAGGCAGGGCCAACCAUGGAGAUGUACCACAACAUCCAGAGGCAAGGCCAACCAUGGAGAUGUACCACAACAUCCAGAGGCAAGGCCAACCAUGGAGAUGUACCACAACAUCCAGAGGCAAGGCCAACCAUGGAGAUGUACCACAACACCCAGAGGCAGGGCCAACCAUGGAAGUGUACCACAACAUCCAGAGGCAGGGCCAACCAUGGAGAUGUACCACAACACCCAGAGGCAAGGCCAACCAUGGAAGUGUACCACAACAUCCAGAGGCAGGGCCAACCAUGGAGAUGUACCACAACAUCCAGAAGCAAGGCCAACCAUGGAGAUGUACCACAACACCCAGAGGCAGGGCCAACCAUGGAGAUGUACCACAACACCCAGAGGCAAGGCCAACCAUGGAAGUGUACCACAACAUCCAGAGGCAAGGCCAACCAUGGAAGUGUACCACAACAUCCAGAGGCAAGGCCAACCAUGGAGAUGUACCACAACAUCCAGAGGCAAGGCCAACCAUGGAGAUGUACCACAACACCCAGAGGCAAGGCCAACCAUGGAAGUGUACCACAACAUUAAUUAAAAGGCAGGGCCAACCAUGGAGAUGUACCACAACAUCCAGAGGCAAGGCCAACCUUUCAAAAAUUGUUCUUAAAAUGCUUAGUAUUAGGUGGGGUGAAUUGUCAAUAAAAGCGAUCUUUAAAUAACCUGAUAUUUUUAGGAAAUAAAAAAAAAACUAUUAUUAAUUUUAGGUUCGUUCUGUGAAUUUUAAUAAGUUGGCAGUUUAAACCUUCCUAUGUAGUAACAAUAAUUUUUCCUGUGCAAUAAAACCAGUUGCUACAAACAAAA